UAAAGCAUUCGAAGCUGAACAGCGAUUCCAUUUUUACGCUUGUUUGAAAACGAUGUUUCGUAUACAGCACAAACCUCUCAUCGUAUGUUUAGUCGUAUUUUGCUUGAUGCUACAUUCGUUUAAAUUCGCUAAAAGUGAACUUAUGAGUGCUUUAGGCUGUUACGGACAAAGAGAUCGUGCUACAUUUUAUUGGCUUAUUAAUCUAUGUUACGAUUGUUAUCGACUGUACUUGGCUAUCGAUAUAGAAAUUGGUUGCAGAGAAAACUGUUUUACAACCGAUUAUUUCGAAAAGUGCAUGAUUGCUCUACAGUUAACAGAGAGUGAAAAAGAAGCAAAUAGAAAUAGAGUAAAGCUUAUAUCUAGUUAAUUUUCCAUUGUCAAUUAAAGGAAUACUUGUAACCUAUUCUUUAACUUGUAUUUUUGAUGCCAUACAAUUGUUAUUAAACAUAUAAAAAAUUGUCUUGA